UCAGGUUGAUGGCGAGAAGGAUGACUACCAGGGUGACGGCGAGUAGGGUUACUUUCAGGUUAACGGCCAGAAGGGUGACUACCAGGACGACAGCGGGUAGGACGACUGUCAGGUUGAUGACGACAAGGAUAGUGACCAGGAUGACGAAAGGUGACGACCAGCGCGGAGAGCAGGAUGACUUGAGGAUAACUACCAGGGUGCGAACAGCAGCAACAACGACGAAGGAGACGAGCAGGGUUGUAACCACCAGGAUAAUGACUAUGGUGACGUCCCUGAAGAAGAACAGCGUGGGGAAGACGACGACGACGAUCUGCACGACUACCAGAGUCACUAUUAGGGCAACUACCAAGCUGAUGACGACCACCAAGCUGAUGACGACGACCAGGAUUACAAUCAGGGCGGUCGGUUAUGUUCACUUGACUACUGUAAAUCGGGGUUGCAGUAUCUAGCCAGGGUCAUUGACCUUACCAAGACACACUCAGUGUACCUCUUCACCUCUCCAGUGGACAAGAACUUCUAUACUGGACAAGAACUUGAAUGGACAUGAACUUAUUUUCAGGAGAUGAGAACAUGACGAUUCAUCUCUUUGUCCUUUGGUGAUUUACACAGAAUUAUACAAAGACACUCUACUCUGUAUAAUAAUUGAGGAUACUUGACUUCAUACCACCAGAAACAUGUACAUUUCUCUUAUUAAAUCUUCCUUGGAAUCCGCAUUCAUCGAUGGACAUACUACGUACGAUGACGCCUAAACAUAUUGCAGUCCGACUUUCUAUAUUCUGAAAGAAACACGAUCAUGUUUCAUCAGGUUUUCUCAUUUAGCAAGCAAGCAACAAAUCUAAAUUGUCUCAUACAUUUGCAACCAUGGUUAUCUCCAAAUGAACACGGCGACGUCUGCUUCGGAAGCAGAAUCCUCAGAUAUGUAAACGAUGGAAUAAAACAACAUUGAACUACUAAACUAUUCUCUCAAAUAUUAUUAACUAAAAGCAACACUAUCGAGAAUCACCUGUCAGAAUCGUGUACACAACUCACCAGAGACAAAUGUCAACCUGAAUGAUAUGAACCUGGCAAGAGGUUUGUUGAUUGGCCUGUGUCGGAGAAAAAGGGCUAGCAAGAGAAUUCGACACUACAUAGCUGAUUCUAAGCAGGUUGCACUAUUCCGUCAAAUCGGACGGUCAUAAACUGUAAACAAUUCAACUGAGAAAUAUCUGAUGUCAGAAUCUUGAAGAAAACUA